UAGAAAGUGGAGUUUACUGGUGUGAGUCCAGAGAGGGUCCCAUCAGUAACAUGGUUAACCUGACAGUCACUGGUGGAUCAGUGAUCCUGCAGAGUCCUGUCCUCCCUGUGAUGGAGGGAGAUGACGUCACUCUGCUCUGUAAAACAAAGACCACUCCCUCCAACCUCCCAGCUGCUUUCUAUAAAGAUGGCUCCCUCAUCAGGAAGCAGCCUACAGGUCACAUGACCAUCCAGCAUGUUUCCAGGUCUGAUGAAGGCCUCUACAAGUGUGACAUCAGCGGUCAUGGAGAGUCUCCAUCCAGCUGGAUCACUGUCACAGACAAACACACCAACACACCUCCACCUACAUCCACACCUCCUCCAUCACUCUCUCCUCCUGUUCUCUCUGUGUUGUCAUGUGUUGGAUCAGUGUGUGUUGGGGUUCUACUGGUGUUAUUGGUUCUACUGGUGAGACAAUGUAUUCACAGGAAACCUGAAGACUUUAAACCAGAGCCAAACGUCGUCUACUCUUCACUGAAGUAG